UGUACACCCAUGCUGCCUCCCUUUCUGGUCCUGCGAACCACAAUGGCCAGGAUCCUGUGAGCUGCCUCUCCGUGCAGACGCGCCUCACAGCAGCAGGAACAGCUGCAGCUCCUCGGCGGCAGAUUCGCUGACACCGACACGCAGGUGAAGGAAUAUGAAACGCUUCUGAGAUAAAGGUCAAUGUGGUCACUGAAGCCGCAAUCAAAGAUAGUUGUCAUUCGUCGUGGAUUUUUGAAGCCUGUCUCUAUAGCAACCCAUUUGUCCUCCUGAGCGCUGCCGCCAAGUUACCCUCUCUGCCACACGGCAAGUCUCUCCUCAUCCCCCUGUCCAAUCACCGUCUCUGAACUGCGUCGGUAUGGACACGGAGUCGACCCACUCUGGCUACUCCUAUCACUCCAGUCGCUCCGGGAGAUCAAACCGGCAUGGAGAUCGAAGCCGUGAGCGACACAAAGCCAGCAGCAGUAAAGACAGCAGCCGCUCGGAGAGAUCUGUGGUCAUCAAUCCCCCCGACACCCCUUCCCAAGACUCCCCAGUUCAUAACGGAGAACCGCUGCCUGGAGAGCCCACACCUGCAGCAGAACAAGGAGAUGAGGCGCAGGAUGAUAACUGGGGAGAAACCACCACCGCUGUCACAGGAACGUCAGAGCUCAGUGUUUCCCAGGAGGAGGUGGUGGGCCUGGGGAAAGGAAUACAAGACCGGACCCAAGGCUUUCGCCGUUACCUUCCCUUGGCUGUGGGCUCAUGCGUGGGGCUGCUGGUGCUCGCCACGCCCUUGGUGUUCCUGCUUCUACCAGCAGUAAUGUGGCCCGACAGACUGCAGGUCUGUGGUGCAGCCUGCGAGGGGCUCUUCCUCUCCAUUUCCUUCAAGCUCCUCAUCCUCCUGGUAGCUGUUUGGGCCUUGUUUCUGCGACCCAACCGGGCCUGCCUGCCAAGAGUGUGUGUGUAUCGUGCCUUCCUCAUCACACUCACACUCCUGCUCACUAUGUCUUAUUGGCUCUUCUAUGGGGUCCGGAUCCUUGAUGCUCAGGAUGAGGAUUACCACGGCAUCGUCCAGUUUGCUGUGUCCCUCGUGGACUCCCAGCUGUUUGUUCACUACCUGGCAGUCGUACUUCUGGAACUCCGCCAACUCCAGCCCUGCUACAGCGUGUGUGUCAUCCGCUCCACAGAUGGAGAGACUCGUCACUACAACAUAGGACAGCUCAGCAUUCAAAGGGCCGCUCUGUCCAUUUUGGAGUAUUACUACAGAGAUUUUCCACUCCAUAACCCGGCCCUUCUCUCUGCUUCCAAACACCGAGCUGCCAAACACCUGGCUGGGUUAAAGGUCUACAAUGUAGACGCCCCAGGGAAUGCAGCAGGGGCUCAGCCAAGUAAUGGAAAUCAGUCACGGGCUAUGGUUACAGCUGCCGGCAAACGUAAAGACAGCGCCCACAAUGAGCUGUACUACGAGGAAGCCGACUAUGAAAGAAGAGUCCGUAAACGUAGAGCCAGGCUGGUAGUUGCUGUUGAGGAGGCCUUCACACAUGUCCGCCGCAUGAAGAAAGAAGAUGAGCGUGCAACACCGUCUGACAUCAUGGAUGUGCGAGAGGCAGCUCUGGCUAUAUUUCCUUCUAUGGCUCGGGCCCUGCAGAAGUACCUCCGCACCACCAGGAGGCAACACUGCCACAGCAUGGAGAGCAUCCAGAAGCAUCUUGCUUUCUGCCUGGUCAAUAACAUGAGUCCUAAGGCCUUCCUUGAGGCUUAUCUCAUGCCUGGUCCAACCCUGCAGUACGGCCCCGAGCGCUGGAUGGCUGAUCAGUGGACCUUAGUGAGCGAAGCGUCUGUGACCAGCGGCAUUAAACAGGGGACAGAGUUCCUUCUGAAGUGUCUCGACUUUAGCUUAGCCAUCACCAUCAAGAGCAUCCCUUAUAUCCGACUGACCGAAGAGUACAUCGAUCCCAAGUCGCACAAGUUUUUACUGUUGCUCCAAUCAGAAACUUCAGUUUAACAGUGGCAGAGUGGACGAGCGCUGCUGCUCUGGACUUGCAGAACUGUUGCAGUUAUCCAACUGAAUUUUUUCAAGAAAUAUCUUUUUGUACUGUUUUUUGUACCUAUGUUUAUGUAGUUUUCUCACAUAUAGAGUAUUUAUGUCUUUGUCUUUGUCCCAGGAGUCUUGAAAGAUGAUAAAAGACACAAAAUGAGGAGAAAUGCACUGAAAUGUCCUCUGUCGUGACAUUUGCAGAACACAGUUCAGUUAUGUCUCUAUGCACUACAGAUGACCCUCACAAACGUUUAGCUUCCUUUACGUGCAUGUGCCGGUGCGUGCCUGCAUAGGAGCGUUUGAGAUUUUAAGAAUGCAAAUGUGUGCGUUAGUGUGGUUUUUAUCGUAGUGUACACUGGGGUCUGUCUCUCUCCAAGACAUUUAAUAUAAACUGAACCUCUCUUUUUUCAGUCUAAGCAGUUAUUAUUUGAUUGUCUUGUAUUGGAAAUGUAUGUACAGUAUUUAUACGUGAAUAAUACUUUAUCCCUACAGACUUUUUAUACCAAAAUCAUGUAUCACUUGAAUGAUUUUUUUUUAUCAUUUCAAACAUUUUUUUUUACCCUGUCUGUCUGCGCUGUACUUGUUACGAUAAUUGGACUGUAGAUAGACGUGUUUGUAGUUGUCAGAUCAUUCAAAGAAGUCUCAUGUACUAAAAAAAGCAGAGGAAGAAGACUGAAAAAUCAUAAAUAAAUUGAUUUGUUAAACAUAGUAAUUAAUAUUAAAAAAACAUUAAAAUAGGCCUUCAUUUAUAAAAAGGUGUCAUAAAUUUGAAUUUCUGUACUUAGCUGAUGAGAGACAGCUAGGUUUGUUGUGUCCUGGCAAUCGGAUGGGCCAUGUAUUUGCACAGUGAAGCAGAAAUUAUAAAAAGAAUUAAAGCAGAUAAAUAUAGAAACCUGACUGUCCUACUGUGGGAGCGAUGGAGCCUGUCCCAGCUCCAAUACCUAAAUAAAGAAACUAAUAUCCAUUAAAAAAAUGUUUUACCACUUAUCCAAUCCAGAGUUGUGCGGAUGGCUACACCUGAAUACUGUUAGGAUAUUUCAUGUUUCAUCUUUCCCUCUUUCUUUCUCUCUUUUCAUUUCCCCAGUCAAGUC